AUGAAAGCUAUUCUACAAGAUAAAUCAGAAAUAACAUUUCUAGCGAAUAUAAUAAAAUAUUCGGAUACUCUGGGUAGAGAGCAACAUAAAUCGAAUACAGAUGCUAAGCAUGUAUUGAUCAUACCAGAGAAUAUAUUGUUGACAAAGAAGGUUGCCGAAAUAAUUCAGAGUUUCUUGGAGCGACUUGAUAUCAUCGUAUCAAAGUAUCAUCCUCGUGACCUGAGAGAAAUACUGACACUUAAGGACACUUAUGUUUCACAUAGAGAGAGUGAUCGUCGUGAAACACCAACAUUCAACAACAACAAUUUUAAUAGUCUAACUAAUAACAAUGUAAAUCAACGAGUUGUUCACACUUCAAAGUACACACCUAACCAACAACAUUUGUCACCAUACUCACACUCAUCAACAUCGGUCAAUAAAAACUCUAAAAAUGUACAGUUAAACAAUAGUUAUUUCACCAAUUCACCAUCCUCUCAUAACAGUAGUAGUAGCAGCAUAAGUAAUGGUAGCAAUAGCAAUAGCAAUAGUGUUAUUAUUGACGAUACAGAGUUCCAUGCGAUGCCUGACAACUUUGGUGGUUUCAUAGAUAGCACAACACCACCAACCUAUAACAACAACGGAUUCCUCACAACUAGCAGCAAUAGCGACAUGUUACAGUCCGUCAGCUUAGACGACAACGAUAUACACUAUCCAGACAUUGAACUUUCAGAUCCUGAAAACUUUGUACCAACAAAUAAAAACAACAACAACAAUAAUAAUAACAGCAACAAUUUUAGUGGUGAUAAUGAAAUGAGUGAUCAAGAAGAUAGUAAUAGUGUAGUAUAUAAUAAUAAUAAUAAUAAUAAUGUUCAAUAUCAACAACCAAAAAGCUAUAAUAAUAAUAAUAUUAAAUAUAAAAACAAUAAUAACAACAAUAAUAAUGAUAAGAAAUCAUCUGUAUUAUAUUCAAUCUAUGAUCUUAUAGAAAUCAAACAUAUGGGUAGUAGACAAGAGAAAGAUAACUACUCACUUUUGGAGGCGUUGGUGAUUUCCGCACACUACCUGGAGAUCAAGGAGAAUCUGUUGGUUCGUGCUAUUCGUUACCAGUUGGAGAGUGCUUUGAAGCUCAACCCGAAUGCCGACGAUGUACGUCGCUUCUUGACUAUCACAAAGGACUUUGAUGCAGAGACAGCUGAGAAGCUACAGUUGGAGAACAACUUUGGCGAGGUUCAAAAGUUCCAUUCCAAUCAACAUCUAGACCUGUUCGAGUCGAUGGUAGACGGACCGAGAAUAGAGUCGUUCAACAUCAAAUCCGGCCAGGAUAUCGUACAGGAUGUGAAGAAGCGUCGAUUGAUGAUCGCCGUCAAAGAUGCCUCUGUCAACUUGUGUCACGGUUGUAACUCUGCGUUUGGUCUGAGAACACGUCGACAUCACUGUCGCGAGUGUGGCUAUAUAUUCUGUGAUAACUGCACGGCCAAUCGUAUUGAUUCCUCCUCUAUUCAAGCACCGAAAUACCUUGAUUCUCUCGACUACUAUUCGGGUCGUCAGUUGCGUGUUUGCAACGAUUGUCACACCUCGUUGAUCCAAAAGAAAGAGUUUGGCUACGUCGAGCAAAUGCUGCGUAUUCUCGCGCUAAAGAUGCCGAUGCUUCGUAGAUUCUCAUCGAUUUGUAUGGCCUGGAGAAAGGCGGCAGUCUGCUACCUCUCGGAUAUCCGUGAAGUUCAAUAUCUCUUCCCAACACACAAGUUUCAAGAUUUCGAAACCAAUGCACUCUGGCGCAACAAAGAGUACUUCCGUGGACACUCGAAAUGGGUGUUGAAACUAUUGGAAUCCAUCAAUUGGCGAAACAUAUCGGAUCUCAAAGUUCAAAAGAUUCUCAGCAUCAUCAACGAUCAAACCAAAAAAGAGAUGAGCUGUUAUCACAUGAUGUGUUCAUCCUCCUGCCAAACACGUAUUCCACUCAAAGAUGUAUUCCCACUCUUGGACAAAGAUAUCACCAAUCAACACAUCAGAAACUACGCUGUAGACAUCAUUUCAGAUAUCUCUGAUCAUCAAUUGGUUUACUUUAUUCCACAAUUAGUUUUUUAUCUUAGAUUUGAUCCAACAGAAGGUUCAAAGUUACAGGAAUUCAUAUUCAAGAGAGCUUUGAGCUCUAGUACUAUUGCCCACUUUGUUAUGCUCGAGUUUAAGAAUUGUCAAACUUCAUCAGAGUACGACUCAAAGUAUGAGAUUCUAAAGUCAAAGCUGCUGGUUCAACUCGGUCCAGAGGUUGCUCUUACCUACAUCAAUAGUUUCGAGUUUUUGGAUCACCUCCAGAAAAUACCGAGACAAGAAGACGAUCCAGAGUUUCAACCAAGAAGAGAAGCAAUCAAUGAGCUGUUGAAGAAACAAAAGAUUCUAUAUCCAACCGAUCCGAGACUGGUCAUCAAGCAUAUCAAAAAGUCCGCUAAAGACGAUAUCAGAAAGGACCGAAUCGUCUUGAAUAUCAUCUCGAUGAUGACCUAUAUCCUCAUGGAGAACAUGCCGAUUAUCAACGAUCGAUCGUCUUCACAUUCGCAGGAGGCAUUCAACCAGUUCCUCGGCUUGGUCGGAAGAGAAAAGUAUAAUGAGGCCUACGAGAUUCUAAAGAAUAACCAAGACGUUAGAUUGAUGAUUGCCAUCACCAAGCCAGAAGCCUACAAGUCGAUUAUCGAUACGUUCGAGUUGAAGAUCAAUAACCAUAACCGAGAGAAUCCAUUCAAGGAUCUCUAUGGUGGUGCGGAAACAAAACAGAACCUGUUGGAUACACUCAAGAGUGAGAUUCAAUCCAUUUUGGAAUCGAUCGUUACCUAUUCCGUUUUGCCAUCGGGAUCAGAGCAUGGAUUUAUCGAUGCAGUCGCAGACUCUACUACACUUGCUGCCAUCAACAAGGAGUACAGUGGUAAUAACACCAAUAAUUUCCUUCAUCUACCGAUUCACAACUAUCUAAAGAAUCAAAAAGAUUGUAAAAUUACAGAAGCACACAAAAACUUUACAUACAGUCUUUGUUUUUGGCUUGUUUUAACACAUUUAAUUGGUGUAGGUGAUCGUCAUUUAGAUAAUAUUAUGAUUACAAAAGAUGGUAAAUUCUUUCAUAUUGAUUAUGGUUUCAUUCUUGGAAAGGAACCAAAACCAAUUGCAAAUUAUUUAAGAUAUAGUCAAGAAUAUCUUUCAACAAGUAAUUUGACAAAUAAUAUAAAUUUCAAUGCAGUUUGUUCAUUGAUUUUCGGAAUUCUAAGAAGAGAAGCACCAUUCUUUUUAUACCAUUUAAUGUUUUUAACGAGAAUGGAUUCUAUUCAUGAUAAUUCCAGUAGAUUCACUGUUGAGUACAUCCAAAACGAGGUUGCCAAUAGAUUCUUCCCUGGUCUACCAAGCCAUGAUGCCAUCCAAUACUUUGAGAAUCUCUUGGAUUCCCAUAAGGAUUCGAUGUCUCAGAAGAUCACCGAUGUCACUAGAGAACUCACCAAGAUGACACCUGUCAUAACACAAUCGAUGGCUGAGAUUGCAUCUUCAUCUAUCUCUUCGUUUGGCUCAAUAAUCAAGAAAUCACUUCCAAGUUGGGGAGAUUGGAGUGUUGGUCAAAAGAUAAAAUAA